UCUUCUAUUGAAAUUUUCUGGGGACCCCUUAGAACUUUCUGAAACCCCCUGAUUUGGAGAAUGAGACCAUCUACAUUAAUCAUCUACAUGGUGUCAUUUUGCAAGUUUCCUGAAACUAUUGUUGAUAUGACGUUGUUGAUACCCGGGAAAAUGAGAAGGAUAUAAUAAUAAUGAAAUUAAUGGUUUCAUGAUAAAAGAAGUUUUACUAAUUUGUAUGGAUCCAAACAACCCCACAGUCAAAAACAUAGGAGUACAGUAUUCUUAUAUUCUCCCAAAGGCGGCAUUAAAGGGAUAGUUCACCCAAAAAGGAAAAUUCUCUCAUUAAUUCAAUUAUUUUCUCAUCCUUAUGUUGUUCUAAACCUGUAUGAAUUUGAACACAGAAUAUAUUUUGAUAAAUGAUGGUAGCACACAUCUGAUUGUAACAAUUGACUUCCAUAGUAAGAAAACAAAUAGUAUUGUGAUAAAUUAUGAAGAAGAUAUUUUGAUAAAUGAUGGUAAGCACACAGUUGACGGUACCCAAUGAAUUUUAUUAUAUUUGCUUUUCCUACUAUGGAAGUCUGUAUGCUUACCAUCUUUUAUCAAAAUAUAUUCUUUUGUGUUUAUCAGAAAAAAAAUUCAUACAGGUUUAGAACGACAUGAGGAUUAGAUUUUUAAUUUUUGGUUGAACUAUCCCUUUAAAGAAAAAUCUGGUGGAGAUUAAAGUACCCCUGCAGAGAAGAAAAGUUAAGUCUUACUAAUUUGAAAGGAAAGUAGUACAUGGCAGGAAAGGUGGGAAAUAGUACUAAAGGGAGGUUGUGUUAUAAUAAAAAAAUAGUAGGAAAAUAAAAAUUUUAUGGAAGAUGUAGAACAGAAGAAGUAGGCCUAAUGAUCUCUAUGUUAAGAUUGGGACAUACAGGAUGAAAUUCUACACUAGCAAGAAUGAGUACGCAUGGGAAUGGUAGGCUAUGUAUGAUGAGUGUAAUUUUUACAGUACAACAUGUUUUUUAAUGUAGCAAAUAUGAAGAUCGACGUAAUAGUCUUUUUAAUGAUGUACAGAUAGACCAGUGAAUAUUACGGCCAUCUGGGGAAAAGAAAUUUUCUGGUAAAAAGGGAUGUUUUAAACUUUUUAAUAAGUACAUGCAGCAUAAUAUAGCUAGCUAUAACUAAUAUAUAAGAAAAUGCAAUGCAGAUGCAUCACCCAUAAAGAUAUACAGUAGGUGGCGGUAAUACUCCAAAGUAGUAAACGGCCAAUAACAGGACGAAGAAGAAGACGACGUCAUCAGCGUCAUCAUGGAGGAGUAUGCUCGUGAACCUUGUCCAUGGAGGAUAGUUGAUGACUGUGGCGGAGCCUUUACCAUGGGUGCUAUUGGAGGAGGCGUGUUUCAGACUGUUAAAGGUUUUCGGAAUGCUCCUGUGGGUGUACGACAUAGGCUAAGAGGGAGUGCAAAUGCUGUGAGAGUAAGAGCACCACAAAUUGGAGGUAGUUUUGCUGUAUGGGGUGGAUUAUUUUCCACUAUAGACUGUGGUCUGGUGCGUUUGCGGGGUAAAGAAGACCCCUGGAACUCCAUCACCAGUGGAGCUAUGACUGGAGCUAUACUGGCUUCACGCAGUGGUCCACUGGCUAUGGUGGGCUCUGCAAUGAUGGGAGGAAUUCUUCUUGCUCUAAUUGAGGGUGUUGGGAUACUCCUUACUAGAUACACAGCACAACAGUUUCAAAACCCGAGUCCCAUUGCGGAGGACCCAAGUCAGCUUCCCCCGAAAGAAGGCGGCCAGGAAUCACGUGGUUUUGGACAGUAUCAGUAGAACCGUGGGGAUAGUUAAAGUGAUAGUUCACCCAAAAAUACAAAUUCUGUCAGCAUUUACUCACCAUCAUGUUUGUUACAAACCGGUAUAAAUUUCUUUUUUUUGCUGAACACAAAAGAAGAAAUUUUGAGCAAUGUUUGUAACCAAAUCUUUUUUGGGCAGCAUUGACUUCCAUAGUAGUAUUUUUUUCCUACUAUUGAAGUCAUUGGUGCUUUUUGCUCGAUUGCAAAUAUCUUCCUUUGUGUUAAGCAAAACCAUCCAUUCAUACAGCAACAUGCGGUUUUAUUUUUGGGUGAACUAUUCCUUUAAGAAGUUUAGCAGCUUUUGCACAGUUUACACGACCCUCUAAAGAUGAGAGGGUUCGAAUCUGAAUCAUCCUGUAUUAGCUUUCACUCAGGGGCAAACCGUAAGUAAUUUGUAGUAUUUAAAAAUUGUAAUAUACACUUUGGAAUUUAAAAGAUGAAUUAAUUUUGUUAUACCUACAAUAUUACAAUACUGUCAAUCUUCUGUUAAAAAGGCAAAUCUAUGAAUAAGUAAAAUGAUUCUACACUUGAGAAAACACUUUUUAGUUUGUCACAUUACAUAAUCCAAGUCAAGCAGUUCAGUUUAUACAUUUUCAAUUAUUUAAUUAUUAAUAGUGUAAUGUAAUUUAGCAAUGCAUUUUUACUAUGUAUUACUGUGUUAUAAAUGUGUAUAUAAUCCAUGACAUGAACCUGGGCAGUGAUUGAGAUGGAUUCUGUUUUAGAGCUUGUAAAAUUGGGAGCUUUUAAUAAUGUAGUACAGUGGUUCUCAAACUGGGAGACGGGAGAUGAUGCCAAGGAGCCCUAGUUUUAUAACAUUUUAUAAAAAACACUAAUUUAUCAUAAAUUCUGUGUAAUUAAACCUCAGAAAAAUAAGGCUUAUUAUUUAAUUUUUAGGUUUUAUUUUUUAUUUGGGGGGCACACCAGAAAAGUUUGAGAACCACUGAUGUAAGCAUAAGUCUCUUCCAGUAAUUUACUUAAAUUAAAAAUGUGUUGAUUUUUUUUAAUCCUAUCUGUUGACAUUACUGUGGAAUUAAUAUUCAGUUUAUUGUUCCUCCAUCAAAUUAAUUUCAAGGCAUUUAUCUAUUUAGUGCAUUUUAUUUCCCCACUUUUGUACUGGUUAGUCUUGAAGUGCAAGAUGUUGUUUUAUUAGAUUAUUUAUUUGGAGCUUUGGAAAAUUUGGAGAUUAUUUUUUACAUCUCAAUAAAGUAUUAUAGGCUUGAUAUUGAUGUGUGAUAAUAAAAACAAGAAUAAUUUAUAA